AUGCGAGCUGUGGAUGAAGAGCUAUUGUCCCUGGGACAGUGCGUCUACCUUGGUGCUUAUUCCUGGCCAACCGCCCAGAGGCUCAGAUUCCAAUGGCUUGGUCAUGACAGAUCCCUAGCCCCAAGGAAGACAGGUGGCGACUUGGGAAGGCCUCGUAGGAUGAAUAAAGCUGCGGCCUACCAAUUGCUAUCGCUCAUUAAGGAGCAACCGGACGCCCAACUGUCUGAACUCAGUAAAGCCCUCUUUGACCUUGGGUAUGGAUAUUUCAGCACUCCUUACCUGUGCAAGGCUACCAGACGCCUCAACGUAUCAUACAAGGUUGCGAACUGCUAUGCCACUGCCCGUAGUGACCUACAGAGGCUUGAGUACCGACAUAUGAUCAAAUAUUACGACCCUGAGCAGCUUGUCUUUAUCGACGAAUCCGCCUUUGACUAUCGCGUCUGCAAUCGCAAGAGGGCUAGGUCUACUAAAGGCAGGCUAGCCUAUCUACGGCAGCCUUUUCAACGAGGGAACAGACUGAGCUUCAUGCCAGCAUGUUCGCUGACCAAGGGGUGCUUUGCCUACUAUACAAAGACUGGCAGCGUCAAUGGAGAGGUCUUCCUCCACUACUUGCGAGAAGUGCUGCUGCCACAGAUGAGUGAGGUUCCUUUGGCUAAUAGUGUCAUUGUAUGCGACAACGCAAGCAUUCAUAAGGUGCCUGGGGUCUUGGACCUUGUGCAUAGCCAGAGUGAGUGUCAGGAGGCAGCUGCAGGGCAACACACAACGUGA